AUGGGCGAAGGCGAUUCCAACAUGGCCGCGCUCGGCUCCGUGGCCCUCAACGGCUCCUCGCCCAAGAAGGUCGCAUACUUCUACGAUUCCGACAUUGGCAAUUAUGCCUACGUUACGGGCCAUCCCAUGAAGCCUCACCGAAUUCGCCUGGCGCACAGCCUGAUCAUGCAGUACAAUCUCUACCAGAAGAUGGAGAUUUACCGCGCGAAACCUGCCACUCGCGGCGAGAUGACGCAGUUCCACACGGACGACUACAUCGAUUUCCUCCAAAAGGUCACCCCCGACAACAUGGAUAGCUACAUGCGCGAGCAGGGCAAGUACAACGUGGGCGACGACUGUCCCGUAUUCGACGGACUCUUUGAGUUUUGCGGUAUCAGUGCUGGUGGCAGCAUGGAGGGCGCCGCGCGCCUGAACCGCCAAAAGUGCGACAUUGCCGUCAACUGGGCUGGUGGACUUCAUCACGCCAAGAAGUGCGAGGCUAGCGGUUUCUGCUACGUCAAUGACAUUGUCCUCGGUAUCCUCGAGCUGCUUCGCUUCAUGAAGCGCGUUCUCUACAUCGACAUUGAUGUCCACCACGGCGAUGGCGUCGAAGAAGCCUUUUACACCACCGACCGCGUCAUGACCGUCUCGUUUCACAAGUACGGCGAGUAUUUCCCUGGAACUGGCGAGCUUAGAGACAUUGGCAUUGGCCAGGGUAAGCACUACGCGGUCAACUUUCCUCUCCGUGACGGCAUCACGGACGAAUCGUACAAGUCGAUUUUCGAGCCCGUCAUUGAGAACGUCAUGAAGUAUUAUCAGCCCGAGGCCGUUGUUCUCCAGUGCGGAGGCGACAGUCUGUCGGGCGACCGACUUGGCUGCUUCAACUUGAGCAUGGAUGGCCACGCCAACUGCGUCAACUAUGUCAAGAGUUUCAACCUGCCCACUUUGGUCCUCGGCGGCGGUGGCUAUACCAUGAGGAACGUCGCUCGCACUUGGGCCUACGAGACUGGCGUCCUCGUUGGUCAAGACAUGGAGCGUACUCUGCCAUAUAACGAAUACUACGAGUACUACGCCCCCGACUUCGAGCUGAAUGUCAGGUCGUCAAACAUGGAAAACUCGAACAGCAGGGAGUACCUCGAAAAGAUCACCGCGGCCGUCAUCGACAACCUUCGCCAGACGGGCCCGGCACCCUCGGUGCAGAUGCAGGAUGUCCCUCGCAAGCCAUUUGGUGGCAUGACUGACGAAGAGGAAGCCGAGCUUGACGACCUCGAUGAGGACGAGAACAAGGACGUUCGUAUGACGGAACACCGCUGGGACAAGCACGUCACGAAUGAUGCCGAUUUUGAGGCGAGCGACGACGAGGACAUGGCCAGCGCCAAUGGCGCGACGCGUCGGAAUGGCAAUAAGCGUACCUUUACCGACUUCCGUAAGGGAGAAGCCGAUGUGGAGGCUGAGACCACCACUCCGCGAAGCCGCAAGGAAGGCGACGCCGACAAGGAACCUGCGGAGGAAGAGACUCACGACAUCAACGAUGACACGAUCGAGGAUGUCGGCGCCACCGAGGAAGCCGACAAGAGUGAGGCCGUUCAGGAAGAGGCGCCUAAAGAGCCAGAGGAACAAAAGGUCGACAACGACGGCGAUGUGGGCAUGACAGACUCUGCUCCAGCUGACGAGACAACCGUCAAAACGGAAGAAGUCGAGCCCGAGCAGGCACCAGAGGCCGAGGCGGCCGAUAAGCCCACCGAGGAGAAGCAAGAUGAGCCAGAAGCUCCCAAGGAAGAGGCCCAGGCUGAGCCUGAGCCGGCCGCCACAGAGGAGGAGAAGCCCGCAGAGCCGGCCAAGGAGGCUGAGACCGAGAAAGCUGCUGACUCUGACAAGACCAAGGAGGAUGAGGCUCCGGCGGGUGAGGCCAUGGAGGUUGACCAGGACAAGGAGGAGCCCAAGAAGGACGUUGAGGGUGCUCCUGACGGCCCGGCCAGCUAG